CUCGACGGAGCGAACGGAAAAGUAACUGAUCGAGAAAGAGAGAGAGAGAAAAAUGGUGGUUGUUGAUUCUUCGGCAUCGGCGAUAAUGGCUGAUCAGAACAUCGAUCCUAACACCGCGACGAACACUAGCCGUCAAGAGAAGCAUGUUCCGGCGAUUAAGGCUAUCUCGGGCGACGAGAAAUCUCCGUCGAAGGAGAAAAAGAGCAGUGACUACGCGUCAAAGAAAUCAACCACCGUAAUCCAGAAAUCGCACGCCUUCCAGAAUUCUUGGACCUUUUGGUUCGAUAAUCCUUCCUCGAAAUCGAAUCAAGUCACCUGGGGAAGUUCUUUGAGAUCUUUGUACACAUUCGCUACUAUCGAAGAGUUCUGGAGUCUUUACAAUAACAUUCAUCCUCCAACCAAGUGGGUUCCAGGGGCGGAUCUCUACUGCUUCAAACAUAAGAUUGAACCAAAAUGGGAAGAUCCUAUCUGUGCUAAUGGAGGAAAGUGGACUAUGUUUUUCCCUAAAGCAGCUACACUAGAAUCCAAUUGGCUUAACACGCUACUUGCGUUGGUUGGUGAGCAAUUUGACCAAGGAGAUCAGAUUUGUGGGGCAGUUUUGAACUUCAGAACCAGAGGGGACAGGAUCUCUCUAUGGACAAAGAACGCUGCAAAUGAGGAGGCUCAGCUAAGCAUUGGGAAGCAGUGGAAGGAACUUCUUGGCUACAAUGAAACAAUCGGAUUUAUAGUUCAUGAGGAUGCAAAGACUCUUGAUCGUGAUGCUAAACGUCGAUAUACUUGGAUUAUUAUGAUGAAACCAGAGUCGAUACAAAUUUCUCAGGAGAAUGAAGACUUGGGAUCUGGAAUAAACGACACAGGUCAUCAUGUAUAUUAUUACAACGAGGGACACGAAGAGGGCACACAUCCUGAUGAAAGAACUGAUAGGGUACAGAAAACAGAUUCAAGAUCCUUGUCCGAGAAGCAGGGUAAAGAGAGAAAAAACGAAGCGGGUCAGAUUCGUGAUUACAAACACUCUACCGCAGACACGCGAGAGUGUCUGCCACAACAGAGACAACUGAGAGAUGUGGUGGGGGUGCAUAGGAGACGCCGUGAAACAGAGUCAAGAUAUUGGCACCAGGGGAGGGAUAGAUCUCCGGUUUGGAGAGAGAAUGAAUACAGAAUGAGAUUUGAUAAAAGAACUCAGGAUUGGCUAGAUAGCGACUACGAAUCCAGAUGGAGAACACAGAGGAGACACGAACCAGUGCGACCCGGUGAAGAGUGUUGGUGUCUGCGGUGUCGCAACGGAAGAAGUUGCCGUUACAAUCAUCCUACUCAACUUCCACAUGAGCUUCCGGUGAGGAUUGGUAUGCCGAUUUGUAAGUAUUUUCGGAGGGGAUAUUGUAAGUUGGGCUCAUUUUGUAAAUUUCAACACAUAAGGGAGUCAAGGGACUGGGAUGUUGCAGAACCUAUGUAUCAGGAUUGGAGAGCGAGUGAAUCCGAAUGGAGAUUUGAUGAGAGAACUCAGAGGGGAUAUGAAAUAGAGUACUCAGGAUUCAGGCCAGAGAAGAGGGCAAAAACUAGUGUGGAUUCCGGAGAGCGUUAUUCAAGAGAUAGAUUUGAAUAUCUAGAGGAAGGGGAAAUUCGAGAGCAAGAGAAUCCGCAAAAACAGAUACAGAGAAAGACUGAAAGGCAGGGGACAGUGGCUCAAGACAAUCUUCAGUUUCAUCAACAACAAGAAGAGAUGCAGAGACCACAAUCCCAUACAACGCAGCAACACCAGUUAUUGGCUUCUCAUUUUAAUCUCUAUCCGUUGGUGGAAACAUUAACAGAUGUUAUUGAAGCUGGAACAAGAGAUCAUAAUUCUGAUUCCCUGGAAAUUCGAGAGCAAGAGAAUCCGCAAUUUCAGAUACAGAGAAAUACUGAAGGGCAGAGGAUGGUAAACCGAGCAAUUGAAAGGCAGGAUAUGGAACCUCUAAUCGAUGCAAUAGUGAGGGGAAUCAUGCAAGAAAGGAGAGAGAAAGAAGCGAAUCUGCAACAACAGAGACUACAGGAGAUUCGAGAGAAUCACAGUGUAGAUGCUCAUGAUCAACAGAAAAAGCAGGAACUCGGGUUUAAAUGAAACGAGGGAGAUGGAGUUUAAGAGGAAACAGAGUUACGAGACCACCAAAGAGAACUCUCAGAUGAUUCCUUUGAACGCAAGAAACUGAUUUGUGUUUC